CAAGAAAGAAUUUCCUACACCCCUCCAGUGAGCCCAGUGCCAAAUUACGCUUCCUCGUCGCCACUACAUGUCCCAGUGCCUCGAGCCAUCAGGAUGGAGGAAGAAGGCAUCAGGCUUCCCGCCCACCUGCGCUUACAGCCCAUUUACUGGAGCAGGGACGACGUGGCCCAGUGGCUGAAGUGGGCUGAAAAGGAGUUCUCACUGCGGCCCAUUGAUAGCAACACUUUUGAGAUGAAUGGGAAAGCACUCCUGCUCCUGACCAAAGAAGAUUUUAGAUACAGGUCUCCCCAUUCAGGGGAUGUGUUAUACGAGCUUCUCCAGCAUCUCUUGAAGCAGAGGAAUUCUCAUGUCCUGUUAUCCCCUUUCUUCCACCCUGGAAAUUCAAUCCACGCCCAGGCAGAUGUCAUGUUACAUCAGAACCACGAUGAAGACAGUUUCAUCCAUCGAUCGUCAAGACAAUCAACAGACACAGCCCAUCAUAACCUGCCCACUAUUGAACUCUUGCAUCGGUCCAGAUCGCCCAUCAAUUCCAACCACAGGCCUUCUCCGGAGCCUGAGCAGCGGUCAUUGAAAUCCCCGCUAGAGAACACUAUCCGUCGCCUCUCACCAGCAGACCGGCUCUCAGGGACGAGACACCACCAGGAGAACAACCACCAAGAAUCUUACCCUCUCUCGGUGUCUCCUGUGGAGAACAACCACUGCCCAACCCCUUCAGAAGUACUCCAGAAGCCUUCCUCCCCCCGCCAGGAGAACACCCGGGUGAUCCAGCUGAUGCCCAGCCCGAUCAUGCACCCUUUGAUACUCAACCCCAGGCACUCUGUAGAUUUCAAAGCCUCCAGGUUGUCCGAGGAUGGGCUGCACAGAGAGGUGAAGCCCAUCAACCUGUCCCACCGGGAAGAGCUGGCGUACAUGAACCACAUUAUGGUAUCGGUCUCCCCUCCCGAAGAGCACGCGAUGCCUAUUGGAAGGAUAGCAGACUGCAGGCUCCUUUGGGAUUAUGUCUACCAGCUCCUGUCCGACAGCCGGUACGAAAACUUCAUCCGAUGGGAGGACAGGGAAUCCAAGAUAUUUCGGAUAGUGGAUCCUAAUGGGCUGGCCCGGCUCUGGGGGAACCACAAGAACAGAACAAAUAUGACGUAUGAGAAAAUGUCUCGAGCCCUGCGCCACUAUUAUAAACUAAAUAUUAUCAGAAAGGAACCAGGACAGAGGCUUUUGUUCAGGUUCAUGAAAACCCCAGAUGAGAUCAUGAGUGGCCGCACUGAUCGCUUGGAACAUCUUGAAUCUCAGGAACUGGAUGAGCAAAUAUACCAGGAAGAGGAUUGCUGAAGGAUCCAACUCCCCUGCUUCAGUUUGGUCUGUGGAGCACAGUCGGCGUGGAGGCACGUUUGGGACAGGAAGUGAAACCCCAGGACUUUGCCUUGACCAUGGUGACUGUGUAGGACCCCCCAAGCACCUUAGCAAAACCAGGCAAGGACAGUGUUGGCCCCAAAGAUUUGGGGGAAAGAGCAAGAAACACAGAGCACUGCUUCAUUGGUCCUUUAGAGUCUCCCCUACUCUGGGUUAGGGGUUUUAUGGUUGGUUGGUUUGGGCUUUUCUUUUCUAUUUAACAUGCCAUUUUGCCUUGUUAAAGUGACUUUUGUAGGGCAAAAUGUUGGUGUUUUGCUUAUUCCAAAGGCUUCCCUCUGGAAAUGUAGUGCAAGUGUCUUCUGCACUAGUCUCACAUUAUCCCAAUAUAGGAACAAUGACAAAUAUCACAGCAGGCGUCAGAAAGUAUCUCCACUUUCCUUGCCCCAAAAGUAGCUUAGGCUGCAGUCUUCUGUUCAGGGCAUGAGAACUUCUUGCUUUAGGUCUCAGACAUCUGAUUGUGGUAUCUUGAGCGAGCCUUGAAGCCUGGAAGCGUCAACGGAUCCCAAACACUCAUGGGCCGUAUCCACACACCUGAGUACCACAGGGAUAAAAAGACCCCUUCCAAGCUUUUGGCCAGUCUUUUCUAAUUGAAGGAAGGGAUAAAUUAACUCCAUGUUGGUAGGAUGGACUUUUGGCCCAACUGUUGAGCCAUCAAGUUUGGAAUAUUUGCAGUGGCAAGAGGGGGCUAGUCUCUGUUCCAACUGCUUUAUGAGUUAAGUGCUUGCUCACAAAAGGAGAAGAAAAGACCCCUUAGCCUUCCAGAAGCAUCCCUAGAAGGGAUCUCCACAUCUUUGAGAGACUGUCAGCAAAAUCACAGGUGUUGGGAAAGCCACCAGUCCAAUUGUCGGGCUGAUCUUUUUCGUGGUCCCUCUCCCCUCCCAAAGUACAUCAUCACAGUUAUCUGGCCUCUUGACCUAUUUCUUGAUCCAUAACAACAGAACUGCGUUCUUGCCCUGUUAACGUUGAAAUGGUUUUGUUUCUGGAGAUUCCAGUUUGGUUUUGCAGCCAUUGGGAUGAGAUCAGUUUUGGAUGCUCCGUUGUCAGUUGAUCUUGGCUCUAUAAGGAAAGGCCUUUUUCUAAUAGGUGGAUUAUCUCCACUGAAAUUGGAGGUAUGUUCCUCUAGGGUCGAAUAGCACACAUGCAUGGUCAUGAUACCAGAUACCUUUGGGUGGAUGAAUGGAACAUAUCGAACAAGUAGUCAUGGCUCUGUCUAGAAAUAAUUUCUGUGAUCAUGCGAACUAGGGAAAAAAUGAUCUCAAAGAAUGACAUUAACCUUAUAACAAAAUAGGGUAGUUAUCAUAUUCAGGAAUGAAACCUGAGUUCUUGGUUCCUUUCAUUAAACUGUUACGAUAAACACGUGUCUACUGCCCAAAAUGGAAGCCGUGUGUCUGCCUCAUAGAAUGUUCGUGCGUGAUGUUUUACUUCUGUGUGAGGCUCAUUUCUUCUUCCUCAAAUCAUUGGCUGGUGUGAUAGAAAAAAUAUUUUCCAGAAUAGUUUCAGAUGAGUAGCCAUGUUUGUCUGUAGUAGAAGAAUAAGAUUUGAGUUCCAUUGAACCUUACAGAGCAGCAAGAUUUCUAGCGUACAAAGUUUCAAGAGUCAAAACCCAACAAAAGGUGGAUUCAAAGGGUAUCUAAAGGAGGGAGCUUUGAAUCUCAAAAGCUUAUUCCCUGGGAAUCUUGUAGACCUUUAAGGUGCUACUGGAUUCAAAUCUUGUUCUUUAAGAUGUCCGGAUGUGAGGACAUGAGGAAGUUCUAGUAGGUGUUACAAACUAGACACAUAGUCACCACUUUCGGCAGCAUCUGUUCAUUUCUUGUAACGUCCGAAGACAGCAAGAACUCCAGUUCAUUUCCUGAAUGUGAAAAACACUAGAACGGCUGGAAUUAUAUCUCAUUUAUCAAAAGCCACCGAAUGAAAUGUUCACUGCGUUCUGUUAAUAGAUGUGACACAGCAAUAAUGGUGCAUCUGACCUUUUCUGCAAAGAACCAAACCAGCAUUUUUCAAGGGAAGGGGCCAUCACCCACUGCCAGCGAUUCCUCAUUUCUGAAAUCUGAUGCAUGCAGGAAAUUUUAGAUUGGCAGACAUUUCCACGUAGUCAUCUGUUAUGUAACUGAAGUGUUAGGUGCCUACUUAGGUGAAACUUUGAGGUAAUUCAGAUAGCUGAGGGAAACCUGCAGGUGACUCAGCCCUAGAGGUAAUGGGUAAAUUCCAGUUCAUUCAAAUCUGAAACUUCCGCAUCUUGGCUAGCUUGGCUUGUGAGAGGGUUAUAUGUAAGAGAAUUGGUUUAUUCCUCCUGACCCUAGGAGAGAGGUCUCAUGAAGCUUAGUCAAAGCACCAUCUCUGCUGUCCUGACCAACAGGUUUGUGGAUAAACUGAUGUAUUUAUGGAGGUGCUGGAAAGUGCUCAUCACGUCACACUUGACUUAUGACGACUACAAAGGGAUUUCAAGGCGAGAGACAUUCAGAGGUGAUUAUCUCCCUAGAGGUAUUGCAGACUACAAAUGUGUGGACAUCCUCCUAAAAGCCAGAAGAAUUCAAUCGGUCAGCCUCCUGUUUAAACGGAAAAGGAGUGACUUCUGAGAAGCCCCCACUACUAUCCUGUAACUGCCUCCCAAGCCUAAGAAAUCCAGGAUACUCAGCCAGGCCUGAUUGGAUGCCCAAGCUCAGUUAAUUCGCACAAGUCCGAAAAGUGAAUCUGUUUUAAUAGAUUGCGAUAACAACAUUCAUAUUAGUAUAGGAAACUAAAGCAAACAGCUGGUGAGCUAUAGUUACAGGUACGUAGAAACUGAAGUCAAAUCCCAUAUAACCUAGGAAGUCACAACAAAGAUUCUGCUCAUAUAAUAACAAUUAUAUUGCUCCCCAAAGAUAUUCUGAACUACUGAAACUUCCUGAGCCUUCACAGGAACCUGGAACCACGAGGAAAAGUGGGGGUCUGAAUGAUUUAAUAAAUACAUUUGAUAAACUGGGAGGUGAUCACAUAGAAUAGUUACAUCCUCAACACACAGGCUAUUUGCGGCCAUUCACACAUGAAUUGUUCUCUUCCUGGUCGAAGUUCAUGCAAAGUCGUCUUUUACUAAGAUCACAUUUCACGCACCACGAAAGGGCACUUCCGAAAGGGCUGGGUAUUAUUUUCAUGCUAUAAUGAGAAAGUUAGGAGAACCAAAUGAGGAGAAAUCUUCUAAUGGAGGAGGCCGGCCUUCGGAGAGCAACCUCACCAGGCAGACUGGCCAGAUGGAAGGUGGAGGGUGAGCAUCAGAGAAGCCACCAUACAUUUCCAAGUACAGUGACAGUCACAGCAGAUGUAACAACGAGAACCCUCUACGUUCAAUUGCACUGAAUGCUCAUUUGGUCAAUGCAAAUUGUAAUAUCUCUCCACGAAAGAAGGCUCUGAUAUAGCAGAUGAUCAGAUCUCUUGGAGAAAGGCUUUUCCUUUAGAGCAAGAUAAACUAAGGCUGAUUCCGCAUGGGCCAAAAACAGCCGUGUGAAAACGGUGUGAAAACAGUAUAAACCUUUUUACACCAUUUUCACACCGCUGUUUUUGGCCCGUGCGGAAUUAGCCUAAGCAACUUGUUAGAGCAUCCCCAGGAUGUUGGUUUGUGUUGUCCUAAAAUAACUCUUCCCCCCCACCCCCCCACCCCCCCACACACAUGAAAGCCAGAACAGGAGCUCCAGAACUAACAGGAAACCUGCUCUUAAAAACUACAGAUCUACAUUCUGACCAUAAGAACACACCUUGGAAUCGCCCAUAAGCACUUAGUGUUACAGGCAACCCUAACGCACACACACACACCACAGUCCUUGAUUGUUUCUCAUCAAAUGGCUGCAGUCAUAUGCAAAUUACAAACGCAAUGAUUUUUUUAAAAAAAAUGUUAAUCCUUUUAUUUUCCUGAGUAAAUUCUAGUUGAUGAUCAUGACGGCUUUCUUUCUUCUUUGAGGUGUGGGGUUAAGGGAUUGAAUUGAAUGAAUGUAACAAAGCAAACCAGAAUGCCUUUCUCAGGGCCAGUGAGUUGCAAAUAAUUUUUAAAUGCUUGUAAUUACAUCAUCUCAAUAAAUUUUUUUUUAAUAUAAAAA